AUGACCGAGGAACAACUCGAUGAAAAGUACCCCAAUCGUCCUCACAAUCACUCUACUACCUUCCUCUUCAGCGAGCUCUACCUUUACCUCUUCAAUCCACUGAACGAAAACAAAAGACGUCGUACAGGCCCUGUGGCCGCGAGAAGGCGAGGUCCUCAUAAACCCAACGCCAAUGAGACUCGCAAAUCAAUCAUUGCGAAGUUCAUCAAUCGAUGGCGUGAAGAAGUUGGCAACGACAUCUUCCCCCUCUUUCGCCUUAUCGUGCCUGAGAAAGAUCGCGAACGACCAAUGUACAGUCUGAAAGAAGCUACAAUGGCUAAAUUGAUGCUCAAAACUCUUCAGAUCGACAAGAACAGCGAGCCCGGCUACAAUCUCCUCCACUGGAAAUUGCCUGGCGUCAAGGCUGCGAGUCAAAUGGCUGGUGACUUUGCUGGGAGAUGUUACGAGACUAUGGCCGGCCGCGAGCGCCUCCAAAGUCCUGGUAACCUCACAGUCCAAGAAGUCAAUCAUCUCCUUGACAGAUUGGCGACAAAGAACAAGGAAGAAGAACAACUACCAAUCAUCCGUGAAUUUUACGACAACAUGAACCGCGAAGAAAUGAUGUGGCUGAUUCGCAUCAUUCUUCGUCAGAUGAAGGUAGGCGCCACAGAAAAGACUCUGUUCGAGGCAUGGCACGAAGAUGCUGAGAAGCUCUUCAACGUAUCUUCCAGUCUGAGGCGUGUCUGCUGGGAGCUGGUCGAUCCUAAGCUCAGACUUGACGACAACGACAAAGGCAUCAAGAUCAUGCAAUGUUUCCAACCUCAGCUUGCGCAAUUCCAGAUGCACACAGUGGAGAAGAUGGUCACACAGAUGAACUGCACCGAGGAGGAUCCUGUAUUCUGGAUUGAAGAAAAGCUGGAUGGCGAGAGAAUGCAACUCCAUAUGGUCCAAGACGAGCAAAUAGAAGGAGGGUUUCGCUUCAACUAUUGGUCGCGCAAGGCCAAAGACUAUACUGACUUGUAUGGCAAAGGCUUUCAGGAAGAACAAUCAGCACUGACUCGCCAUCUCAAAGACGCCUUCAACGAGAAAGUGCGCAACAUCAUACUCGAUGGCGAGAUGAUCUCGUGGAACAUGAAAGACGACAGAAUUGUUGGCUUUGGUCAUCUCAAGACGCAUGCCAAAGCGCACAGAGAAGAUCCUAACUCGCAAGAAUCACGGCCUUUGUUCCGUGUCUUUGACUGCUUGUACCUGAAUGACGAGGUUCUCACCGACUACUCGCUGCGUGACCGGAGGAAGGCCUUGUCCACUGCUGUCAAUAAUGUAGACCGUCGGCUGGAGAUACACGACUAUGUCGAAGCUACUACUGCUGCAGAGGUUGAGCCAAUGCUUCGUCAAGUUGUGGCAGAAUCUUCUGAAGGCUUGGUCAUGAAAAACCCGCGCUCUGCAUACCUCCUCAAUUCACGCAACAAUGACUGGAUGAAGGUCAAGCCCGAGUACAUGACCGAAUUUGGUGAACAGUUGGAUGUCAUCGUCAUUGGAGGUUACUAUGGUUCUGGUCACCGAGGAGGCAAUCUUUCCAGCUUUCUUUGCGGUCUAGCUCCUGCAUACGCAGCUGGCAGUCCUAAUCCUGAGCUCAUGUGGUCUUUUUGCAAAGUCGGUGGUGGCAUGACAGCCCACGACUAUGCCGAGAUACGUCACUUGACCGAAAACAAGUGGAAGAAAUGGGACAAGAAUAAUCCUCCAACCGACUGGAUCGAGCUAGGCGGGUACCUCAAGGGCUUACAGUAUGAGGUCCCUGAUGUGUGGAUCAAGCCUAGUGAAUCUGUAGUCUUGCAGAUCAAGGCUGCCUCUGUGAUUGAACGCGAAGAAAGGUACCGCGCUGGCUGCACUCUACGAUUCCCGCGCUUCGUCGCAAUUCGAAAAGACAAAGACUGGAAGCAGGCUCUCACUCAUGAAACUUUCAGGGAACUCAAAGCGCGAGCAGAGCAUGAGAGGAAGGAGAAGGAGUUCAAGGUUGACGAUGCCCGCAAGAAGCGUGCCAAACGUUCUCGCAAGAAGGAGCUUACCGUGAUUGGCACUGACGAACAAGUCAAAACUCCGUAUGCUGGACCUGAGACGGCUCUCUUCAACGGCUUGAACUUUUAUAUCAUCACUGGAGCCGCGAAGCCACUGAACAAGACAAAGGCCGAGCUGGAACAACUGGUCAAAGCCAACGGAGGCAAUAUUGUUGCAACUCACGCGAAUACCGAGACCAUCUGCAUUGCUGAAGGCAAUCCGAUACGUGUCGCUUCAAUCAAGAAGGCUGGUACUCGCAAUAUCUUCAGACCGCAAUGGCUGCUCGAAUGUGUCAAGCAAGCUGAGGCUGACGUCGGAAGACCCAAUGUGCUACUCCCUUUCGAGCCACGACAUGUACUCUUCAAGAAAGAGGAGGAGGAGGACAGCUUCGAGAGGAACACUGAUGAGUAUGGCGACAGCUUCGCUCGUGAUCUUGAUGUCGAAGAGUUGGAGAAGCUGCUUACAGAUAUGCCAAGCUUCGGAGUUAACGACUACGAUGCCGAUGAGAUCAUGGAUGAAUUGUUCCAUGACAAUAUCCUGGAAGGUCCAGGUUGCAUGUUCCAUGGGAUGAGGAUGUACAUUGCCAGAGACGAGGAGGACCAUUCCUGUGAAGCUGCAGAACGCAUCGCAUUAUUUGCUGGAGCUGAUCUCGCAAGCUCAUGGAACGACGAGAAGAUCACACACAUCGUGGUUUCGGGAGAGAAUCAAGCUAGGGAGAUGAGGAUUCAGACGGCAAGCAGGCGGUAUCCACCUCGUGUCGUUCUCGUUCAAUGGGUCCUGAAAUGUCUGGAGGAAGGCACGAGGUUGGACGAAGAGAUGACCCUGUGA